CACACACACACACUCGCUCCUCACAUAAUCGCGCGCUGCGGAUCGGCUCUGCUUCAGCUGCUCCUCAGGUGUUGUGAUGGCAGACACGGCCGUUCAGAUGAGCAGAGUCGCAGAUCUGGAGAACAAUGUGUCCACCAGGACGAGCUCCUCUUCGGCCAGACGAGGAGCGACCGUGAGCUUCCACAGCAUCAGCUACAGCGUGAAGAUGAAGAGCGGCUUCCUGUGCAAGAGGAAGCUCACGCAGAAGAACAUCCUCAUCCAGCUCAAGUUUCUGGACGUUCUAGCCGCUCGUAAGGAUCCUGCUGGUCUCUCUGGAGAGGUUCUUAUCGACGGAGCUCCACAACCUCCAAACUUCAAAUGUCUGUCUGGAUACGUAGUGCAGGAUGAUGUGGUCAUGGGGACGCUGACCGUUCGCGAGAAUCUGCGUUUCUCAGCGGCUUUACGGCUCCCGAAGUCGAUCCGUCAGCGAGAAAAAGAUGAGAAGGUUGAGAGACUGAUUCAGGAGCUGGGGUUGAGCAAAGUGGCCGAUUCACGGGUGGGCACGCAGCUGAUUCGUGGCAUUUCAGGCGGAGAGAGGAAGAGGACGAACAUCGGCAUGGAGCUGAUCAUUGAUCCGCCGGUGCUUUUCCUGGACGAACCCACCACCGGCCUGGACGCCAGUACAGCCAACUCUGUCCUCAUGCUGCUCAAGAGAAUGGCGAACAGCGGUCGCACCAUCAUCCUGUCCAUCCAUCAGCCGCGGUACUCUAUCUACCGGCUGUUCGACAGCCUCACGCUGCUGGUGGGAGGAAGGCUGGUGUAUCACGGGCCGGCUCAGGAUGCCCUGGACUACUUCAUGCAGAUCGGAUACACCUGUGAACCUCAUAACAACCCUGCUGAUUUCUUCUUGGAUGUCAUCAAUGGAGACUCCACCGCCGUCACUCUCAACAAGUUAAACGGCAAUGAGGACCUGGACCAGGAGCAGCUGAGUUCAUCUCUGAAGGGCAUCGAGGACCGUUUGGUGGAGGAAUACAAGAACAGCUCCAGCUACAAACAGACCAAAAGCGAGCUGGAGCGAAUCGUUCAGGGACAGGACUACAGCACUCGACCCAAAUCCAGAACCAUCACCUACAACACGUCCUUCUUCCACCAGUUCAACUGGGUUCUCAAGAGAACCUUCAGGAACCUCAUGCUGAACCCGCAGACCUCAUUCGCUCAGAUCGGAGUGACGAUUUUCCUGGCUCUGGUUGUUGGAGUCAUAUUUUUUGGAGUGAAGGAUAAUUCGAGCGGCAUUCAAAACAGGAUAGGUGUGCUCUUCUUCAUCACCAUCAAUCAGUGCUUCAGCGCUGUUUCUUCAGCUGAACUCUUCAUCGCAGAGAGGAAUCUGUUUGUGCACGAGUACAUCAGCGGAUACUACAGAGUGUCGGUGUACUUCCUGUCUAAGAUCCUGUCUGACAUCCUGACUCUGCGCACCAUCCCGGCCUUCAUCUUCAGCUGCGUGGCGUACUGGAUGAUCGGACUGAAGGCGUCUGCCGAGCCGUUCUUCAUCUUCUUGUUCUCCAUCAUUCCCUGUUCAACAGGCGAGGGCUUUCUGAGCGCUCAGGGCAUUGAUUACUCAACCUGGGGUUUGUGGCAAAAUCAUUUGGCUCUGGGAAUCAUGACCCUCAUCUUCCUCAUCAUCGCUUACCUCAAGAGUUUACAGCGUGAGACCGAUGCUCCUCCACCGAGUGUGUUGAGUUUACAGCGUGAGACCGAUGCAUCUCCACCGAGUGUGUUGAGUUUACAGAGUGAGACCGAUGCUCCUCCACCGAGUGUGUUGAGUUUACAGAGUGAGACCGAUGCUCCUCCACCGAGUGUGUUGAGUUUACAGAGUGAGACCGAUGCUCCUCCACCGAGUGUGUUGAGUUUACAGAGUGAGACCGAUGCUCCUCCACCGAGUGUGUUGAGUUUACAGCGUAAGACCGGUGCUCCUCCACCGAGUGUGUUGAGUUUACAGCGUAAGACCGGUGCUCCUCCACCGAGUGUGUUGAGUUUACAGCGUAAGACCGGUGCUCCUCCACCGAGUGUGUUGAGUUUACAGCGUGAGACCGAUGCAUCUCCACCGAGUGUCUGUUCAACAGGCGAGGGCUUUCUGAGCGCUCAGGGCAUUGAUUACUCAACCUGGGGUUUGUGGCAAAAUCAUUUGGCUCUGGGAAUCAUGACCCUCAUCUUCCUCAUCAUCGCUUACCUCAAGCUGCGCUUCAUCAAGAAAUUCUCCUAAACACAAGCUUGUGGUCUUCCUCACACACUCCGACAACAUCCACCACAUCCCACAGAUAUUACACGCACUGUUUCCCACUCAAACACCAUCGUAUGCUGAAGGAAAUCAUACAAACACAUCCAGUUAUGCUUCAGACACAAAUCAUGUGAAGCAUUGACAUUGUUCAGGUUUAUUGUUCUAAACUUUUCACACUAAAGAUUUGUAUCAGAAAUCUAGUUUUUUAUUAUGUUCAAAAUAU